GCCCUAAUAGCAGCGUGGCCUUUUAGGUCUUUUAAUCCUGCCUACUCCAAGCUCCUUUCGUUGAUACGCAGCAGUUGCGGCUUCUUCCUUUGUUCGUUCUCUAUCCGUGCUGUGAACAAUGGCGUAUGCUGCGAUGAAGCCCACUAAACCCGGCUUGGAGGAGCCUCAGGAACAGAUCCACAAGAUCAGGAUUACCCUUUCCUCCAAGCACGUCAAAAAUCUCGAGAAGGUUUGUGGGGACUUGGUUCGCGGUGCAAAGGACAAGCGCCUCAGGGUCAAGGGACCUGUUAGAAUGCCCACUAAAGUUCUUCACAUUACUACCAGAAAGUCCCCUUGUGGUGAAGGUACCAACACCUGGGACAGAUUUGAACUCCGAGUGCACAAGAGAGUCAUCGACCUCUACAGUUCCCCAGAUGUGGUUAAGCAGAUUACCUCAAUCACUAUUGAACCUGGUGUUGAGGUUGAGGUGACCAUUGCAGACGCAUGAUCUUCAGCCAAAUUUUAACUUUGUUAUGCUUCCUAGUUUUUCCUUUUUCUGUAUUUUGUAAGUUUUGAUUGCGGGACUGAAUUGACUUGUUUUCUCUAGUUUUACGGUUGUGGACAUUAUGAAUGAGGAAUGUCAUGCUUAAUAUAUUUUAGAAUAUUUCAUA